AUGAUUGAUUUUAGUUAUUUGCGACCUCCUUCUGAUAUUUAUCAAAUCAAACAUGAUGGUUUAUUAUCAUUUUAUAAUUAUAGACUUUUAUAUAAAACAUGGAGAAGGAAAACAUCAUGUUAGAAAAAUAUUUUUUAAUCAAGAAUUUGAUGAAUAUGAAAAAUAAAAAAUUAAAGAGUUAACUAUCAGCAUUUAAUAACAUAAAUUAACAUUACCCUCUGAGUAAAAUUAUUAUAGACUUUUAGUUGGUGCUAAGAGUUAACACUUAAAUAUUGUUAUUCAGGAGGUUUUGAAAUCAGUAAAUGCAUUUAAAGGUUACAAAAACAUUUAGAGUGGAUUCAUGAUGAAAAUUAUCAAGUCUUAUCUCCAGAGGCUGAAUAAUAUUUAGUUUAAAUAUAUAAAUAUUCAAUUUAGAAAUAAGGCUACAUUUAUUAAUUUGGAAGAGAUCAUUAAUACAGACCAGUUGUUUAUAUAUAAUUGCAUAUGAUUUCCAAAAAUAAAGUUCAUGUACCUACUCUUUUAAAUGCAGCAACUGCUAUUGGAAAUAUUGUAACUAAGUUUAUGUAUGCUCGUGGUUAUGUUGAAAAUUGGAUUGUUGUAUUGGAUAGUGGUGGUAGUGGAUUAUUCGAUUUCCCUUUCUCCACUCUCAAUAUGAUUAAUGAAUUCUUUUCAAUUAACUACACAAGUUCAUUACAUAAAAUGUUUAUUUUGAAUCCUUCCUUCUUCUUUAAUUCAUCAUGGAAGUUAAUUGAAAGUAUUCUAAAUUCUCAUUUUAGGAAUUAUUCAUCCAGAAACUGCUGCUAAAAUCAAUUUCCUUAAAGCGUCAGAUUUCUAUAAAUUAUAAGAAUUAAUUCCACCUGAAGAAAUUGAAAUCAAAUAUGGAGGUUAACAUCCUAAUUUAACUACUUUCUGGCCUCCUAUUAAUACAAAAACUCAAAACAAUUAACCAAAUGAUGAAUUUCAAUAUAUUUAAAGACCACAUACACUUACAAAACGUACUUAAAGUCUUAAAGAAUCUGAAUAUUUUAGUAUUGAUAACAAUUCCAAAGAGUUUUAUAAUAAUUCUAAAAUGAAAGGUAAUCUAUUAUCUAACUAGAAUAUCGAAUACAUGAACAAUUUUAAGAAAUUGAUUAAUAACAUGCAUAAUGUUGUUCUUGUAAUAUAAUGUGAAACAAAAUAAUUUUUUUAUUUUAUUAAAUAUUUUAUGGAUAGAGAUCUUAUUAAAGGAAAUAAAAUAUGUUAUAAUUAUGAAAAAGAACGAUUAAGAUAAAUUCAUAAACACAAUCUCUCUAUAGCACAUCCUUUAAGUAUAUUACUUAAAAACAAUUAACAGUUAGAACUUAAAUGGAAAGGUUAUCAUAAAACUAAAAUAAGAAACUAUAAUUAUAAGAAGAGAGAUUUACUGAAAUAGAAAGAGAAAAUCGUAUUUUAUUAGAAAAAAUCCAAAGUAUUAUGAGUAUUCUUAGAAUUUAUAACUAGAUAAUGAGCGAAAGAGAGCCACUACAAAUUGGUAGAAUAAUAAUCUGACAGUUUCUAAUUUCAAUUAAUCUUAAUCACUCAAUAGGAAAUAAUCUCUUAAUAAAGAAAAAAGAAAAAAAGAGUUAGUUAGAAUUACUAUUGAAAAUUAAAGAUUAAUGAAUAGACUAGUAACCAAAAAACCUAAUUAUAAUACUAAAAUUAUUUUGAAAUAAACAUCUCAUUAAUAAUAAUUAGUUUAAUAGAUUGCUGAAUAUCCUUUAAAAAAAUCAAGAAUUUAAACUUCUAUUAGACAUAAAACUCUUGAUUUUUCAAGUAAAUAUGAUUAUUUAUUAAAGAAAGCAGUUUUAUGGGUUGUUUACCUAAUUAGACUAAUCAUACACCAAAUAAUUAAUAAAACAGAAAAAUUAUGCUAUAUAAAUCAAAUAAAAAAAUUAAUGAUAAUUUAUAUUACAUUGAAGUUUUCUAUGAAGAUCAGUAAAUAUUAUAUAUAUUUUAGCCUAUUCAAAAUAACUGUUGAUAAUGAAGAAUGUUCCAAUACAAAGGUUUUUGAAAUGCCUUAAGAAGAUGCUUUAAUUGUUUUGAGAGAAAUAUAUAAUAAUGAUAUCUUAUAAUUAGUUGAUGCUAUAAAUGUUGAUAAUAAUAUUCAUCUAGCAGGAUUGGAAUAAUUUGAGUAAUCUCAAUGA